AUGUUGCUGGAAGAUCAGCACUGCCAGCGUUUCUUUUGGAUGGACGACGAUGAGUCACAACGAAGUGUCUAUGUUGUACAGGUGAUGACCUUCGGUGCCUGCUGUUCUCCAAGCACUGCACAACACGUCAAGAAUACCAAUGCGAAGAAGUUUGAACAGGACUACCCAGACGCAGUCGACGCUAUCAUCAAACGGCACUAUGUCGAUGACAUGCUCGUGAGCACGGAAACAAAAGAAGAAGCCGUGAAGUUAGCUCAAGAUGUAAAGAAAAUCCACGAACAUGCCGGGUUCGAAAUACGUAACUGGAUCUCCAAUUCUGCCAUGGUCCAGGCGACGUCGAAAGGAGCAGCAACGGAGGAGAAAAAUCUGAAUAUCGGCGAGGAGGCAACGACGGAAAAGGUGCUUGGAAUGUGGUGGAACACAUCAAAUGAUUGUUUCACGUACAAAUUGUCUUCCCGGUAUGAUGAAGCACUUUUAUCCGGUAGCCGUCGACCAACGAAACGGGAGGUUCUCCGGACGCUGAUGAUGAUCUACGAUCCCUUAGGCUUCAUUGCACAUCUUCUAAUGUUCCUGAAAGUGCUUCUGCAGGAAAUUUGGAGAACGUCGGUUGGCUGGGAUGAUCCAAUUGAAGACUUGCAGUUUGAGAAGUGGCUGAAGUGGUUGGCAGUAUUUCCGGAUAUGAGACUUGUUGAAGUACCUCGAUGUUACCGAUCAUUGACGUCAGUAGAAGCUGAAGUAGAGAUGCACACAUUCGUCGAUGCAAGCGAAAACGGUUUUGCGGCAGUAGUUUACCUCCGAUUCCGAGAAGGGAACGUGAUCGAAUGCGCUUUGGCGGGAGCAAAAACCAGAGUGGCUCCACUGAAGUUCCUGUCCAUCCCACGGUCCGAGCUACAAGCAGCGCUACUCGGAGUUCGAUUAGCGGAUACUAUACUGGCGUCCCUCUCCAUCAAGAUCUACAAACGGUACUUCUGGACAGAUUCCAAAGAUGUCCUCUGUUGGCUGGCAUCCGAUCAUCGGCGAUACAGCCAGUUCGUGGCUUUUCGGGUCAGUGAAAUAUUAGAAUCGACCGACGUCAACGAAUGGCGAUGGGUCCCAACGAAGCAGAACGUCGCUGAUGAAGGAACAAAGCGGACACGAGUUCCUGAUUUUUCCAGUGAUAGCCGGUGGUUCCGUGGACCAGAUUUUCUGAAAGAAGACGAACAUGGCUGGCCAGUAACCCCUAGCUUCAAAAAAUCAACGGAUGAAGAAAUUCGGACACACCUGCUUAUCCACGCAAUGUAA